UCCGUCCUGAAGCGGCUGAAGGUUGAACUGUUCCCGGCGUCUCCUGCUCCCUCCUCCGGUCUCUGCGAUCAGCUGCAACUCGGUGUAUUCUCCCCACACUCCCUGUCUUUACAGAGCCAACGAGCUAUGUCGGUGUUCACAGACGUGCCCCAAGCCCCACCGGUAGCUGUCUUCAAACUUACGGCCGAUUUCAAGGAGGACCCACAUCCGCAGAAGGUGAACCUCGGAGUCGGAGCGUACCGUACAGAUGACUGCCAGCCGUGGGUGCUGCCGGUGGUGAAGAAGGUGGAGCGCCUUAUUGUGGAGGAUACAUCUUUGAAUCAUGAGUACCUUCCCAUUCUGGGACUGCCAGAGUUCAGGUCUGCAGCCUCCAAAGUGGCUCUGGGAGAUGAGAGCAGUGCAAUCGCAGAGAACAGGGUGGGAGCAGUGCAGUGUCUGGGGGGUACUGGAGCUCUGAGGAUUGGGGCAGACUUCCUCCGUCGCUGGUACAAUGGCACCAACAACACGGCCACUCCUGUCUAUGUCUCUGCGCCCACAUGGGAGAACCACAAUGGUGUCUUCUCUGAUGCUGGGUUCAAAGACAUCCGUCCGUAUCAUUAUUGGGACGCUAACAAACGAGGCCUGGACCUGGAUGGACUUGUGGACGAUCUGGAGAAAGCUCCCGAGCAUUCAAUCUUUGUGCUUCACGCCUGUGCCCACAACCCAACUGGCACCGACCCCACACAGGACGAAUGGAAGAAGAUCGCAGAAAUCAUGAAGAGGAGGAACCUGUUCGUGUUCUUUGACUCGGCCUAUCAGGGCUUUGCUUCUGGAAGUUUGGAGAAGGACGCAUGGGCCAUUCGCUACUUUGUCUCUCAGGGAUUUGAACUGUUUGUGGCUCAGUCUUUCUCCAAGAACUUUGGCCUCUACAAUGAGAGAGUGGGGAACCUCACAGUUGUUGCCAAAGAUGGUGAGAAUCUGGCCAGGACCCUCUCUCAGAUGGAGAAGAUUGUGAGGACAACCUGGUCCAACCCUCCGUCUCAGGGCGCACGUAUCGUCAGCAAAACACUCAACUGUCCAGAGCUCUUCACAGAAUGGAAGGCCAACGUGAAAACUAUGGCAGACAGAGUGCUGCUGAUGAGGGACCAGCUUCGCUCCAAGCUCCUAGCUCUGGGGACUCCUGGGACCUGGGACCACAUCACAGCUCAGAUUGGAAUGUUCAGCUUCACCGGCCUCAACCCCAAACAAGUGGAAUACAUGGUGAAGGAGAAACAUGUGUAUCUUAUGGCCAGCGGUCGAAUCAACAUGUGCGGACUCACCACCAAAAACAUCGACUACGUAGCUCAAUCCAUCCACGAAGCUGUCACCAAAAUCCAAUAAGAAACACCUCUAUACUCUCCUCCACUUCCUCUCUCCGCUCCUCUUUACUCUGCUUGGCCGUAGCUUUAACCAGUCAGGGAGCUAGAUUCUGUGAAGGAACAAUUGCAAAAUAAAAGCACUUUUUUGUCCUUGCUGUUCACCGAAGAAGACACUUUAAUGAUUUGAAUUAAUGGAAUACUGUAUCUUUAAAUGUGAUAUUGAACAAACAUUUAAUCAUAUGUAAAAUAUAAAUAUAUCCCCAUAUUACUUCUGUAUUUUGGUCAAAAGCAAAUGAAAAUCCUCCUAAAUACAACUGUGUAUAUAUAAUUGGCUUGACUGAAAUAGGAAAACUUUAAAUGAUUAUUAAUUCAUAAGAUAAAUGAAAAAAGUAGCACAAUUAUAAUGUUAUCUCUAAAUUCACUAUCCCUCUUCUGUACAUGUCUAUCUUCAAAAUAUUUAUUGUGAGCUGUCCUUCAAAUGAAUUCACUCCCAGAUAAAUGCACAGGGUGAUUUACUUAAAUGGGUCAGAUGUCAUAUUUUGGUCUGGAAUUGACUUGAGAACAAGAACAAAUGUACAUUUCAUUGUUACUAUAGUAAAGUGCAGGAGUGUCUUACUGCCAACUGAAGACAAAUGCAUUUCAAGUAUCCUUUUUUAACAAGAAAACUGAUGUCUUGUUUUUUAUUGUCUCAAUCAUGAAUCUAUAAUUACUAAUAAGACAUUAUUAUACCUCUAUGGGGGUAUACAUUUAAGUAUCAAGUCAACUAUAAUUGUACAAAAUGUUGCAUUGUUAAAAUGUAAUAGUACUUCCGAUUAAAUGCAUAAAAUUUCAGUUGGCAGCAUUACGCUCUUAACGGUUUUCACUUCAAAUGAAUAAAAGUUGUACUGUCAGAUCAUA